CGCGGGGGGCAGGGAGGCUGCCGGGGUAGAAGUGGAACCACUUGCUGAGAGUAUGUGACCUUGAGAUAACGAUUCCUGGGAAUGGAGGUCCCGACAGGCGAGGACACCCCAGCAAUCGCCCUUUGAAAUGGCAUUAAGGAACCAGAAGCGGGAACUGGGAAUAACGAGGUCGAGCAGUCUUGGAGACAUUCUGUGAGACAGGAAAUAUAUGAAACUAUGGAUACUGCAAAGACUUCCCUUGACAUCAAAGAGUACCCUGAUACUGAGGUACAAAAAAACCAAGCACUAACUCUGGAAGAAUGGCAAGACAAGUGGGUGAACCGCAAAAUUGGAUUUCAUCAGGAACAAGGACAUCAGUUAUUAAAGAAGUAUUUGGAUACUUUUCUUAAAGGCGAGAGCGGACUGAGGGUGUUUUUUCCUCUUUGUGGAAAAGCAGUUGAGAUGAAAUGGUUUGCAGACCUGGGACACACUGUAGUUGGUGUGGAAAUCAGUGAACUUGGGAUACGAGAAUUUUUUGCAGAGCAGAAUCUCUCUUACUCAGAAGAACAAAUCACAGAAAUUCCUGGAGCCAAAAUGUUUAAGAGUUCUUCAGGGAACAUUUCAUUGUAUUGUUGCAGCAUUUUUGAUCUUCCCAGAACAAAUAUUGGCAAAUUUGACAGGAUUUGGGAUAGAGGAGCAUUAGUGGCCAUUAAUCCAGGUGAUCGUGAAUGCUAUGCGGAUGUAAUGUUGUCCUUGCUGAGAAAAGGGUUUCAGUACCUACUGGCUGUUCUUUAUUACGAUCCAACUAAACAUGCAGGUCAAACUAUAGAAGAGGAGGCAAAUGGUUGAUCCUAAUAUAAAAGUCUUUUGAGCCCUGGAUUAAGAGGAAGGAGAAAUUUGAUUGCCUUGCUGUGAAUAUUGUGUGUACUACGUGCCGUCCAUGGUGGUAGCAAUGUGUUGGGCCUUUGCCUAGACACACAAAUGUACCCUCGUUGGAGGAUAGGGUGAAAUGUGGACUGGGAGAGGGAGGAGAUGUGCAAGAAAAUCUCUAUAUUGUUACUGG